CAUCACCUCAACUACCCGCCAUCGCCAUGCCACUGCGAGCUCCUCCAAAUUGGGGUCCACCCAUCCCGCCGUCCUCAUCAGAGCCACACCGAAUCGACCUUGAAGGCGAUUUCAACGACUACUCGCUGCCAGGAUUUGGUCGUGCAGCAGCGCCCGCCCCUCAACCUCGCAGCCGCACUCACUUGGCAUCGUCGCCCUCCAACCGCCGUUUCGCACCCCAUGCUGCCGCCUCUUCAUCCUCUGAUAUCUCAUCCGACGACGAUGAUGACCACCGUCGCGGGUUUGCAACUCGCGAGUCCACAGGCAACCACGCCGCCCUAGCUGCAUCGUCGACCAUUGGCGUAGCAAACAACCGACGAAAGGCGCAGCGACUGCCAGAGAGGGCACUCGAGAGGCUUGAUCGCUGGGCAGCUGGAGCAGCAGCGGCAGCCACCAGCAGCAAGCACGCAGGACACGACUCAUGCGAGCCCACUUAUAUCGUUGAGCGACCGACACGCGCUGUCGCCUCGUCACCACUUCGCCAGCCUCCGACUCGUCGACGUCGGUCCCCUAGCCCGCCGCCUGCGCCACGCAGGGGAGACUCGAGCAACGAAACGCUCGUAGACGCUCCAAUCAUGACGACGAAUGCAGGCGGAUAUCGCAAGAUGACUAGUGAGAAGGAUGGACACAACCUUCUCCUACCCUCUGGCGUCAACAUGGGUCGUACAGCUCAACCUCCUCUGGCGCUACCAGAUGAUAUCACCGGCGUGACGUCAGCGCUCGGCUCACCCUCCAAGACACGCUACGGAAUCCGCCAUGCUCCGCUGCACCCACGCAACGCACUCGUCGGGCAACUACCGGCUCGUCGCAAGCAGCUGAACGAACUCAAAGCUUUCGUGCUCAGCAUCGAGGACGAGCUUGAGACGACGAAGGAUCGGCUUGAGGGCGUGGAGCAGAAGGAGCAGGAGUUGCGCGGGAACUUGAGAGAGUUUGAAAGGGAGGUUCGUGAGGAGAGGAAGGGCGUGAGGCAGCAGCAAACGAUGAGGAGCGCGGGAGGGAGCGGCGAUUCUGAGCAUUGGCAAGCGAACAUUGCUGAGAUGGCUCGUCAUGUGCAGGCGCUCAGCUUGGAUCUGAAGGCGUACAAGGAUGCCGUGGCGGAUCUACAGCAGCCGGUGAUGCAGGCGAAAGUGUCCGCCCCGCUGAUGUCAUCGCAGACGGAGGAGGAGUAUCGCCUGCUUCAGCGACAGGUGGCGCGUAUUGAAGACGAGCUCUCUAGGCUGAGGAGCGUGGUGGAUGGCAGCAAGGCGACCACCGCGAGUCAGACUCUCGCGACAUCUGCAGAGGCAGCUCCAACGAAGCCGCCAGCCCGGCGCACUUCGCCCUUUGCGGCACAGCGACCUCCUCCAGCUCGGGUCAGUGAUGCAGAGGAGGAGGAUGGCGAUGAGACUCCAAAGGCAUCAGCGAUAGCAGCGCAGGCGAAGGACCAGCAGCAGCGAAGAGAGCGAGCUUCGAGCCCCACACCAGCCGCGCCGAGACGAAGGGAACCGACAGCACAGUCUGUCCGAAUCGCCGGCGAGGAGGAGGACGACAUGACGAUCGCCGAGACCCGUGUGGACCGCACCGUCCGCGGCCUACAGAGUACCCGUGACCAGCGCGAACCCCAAGCGCUACAUCACGAUGCCCCACCGCUCAACCUCACCCACGACGCCGAGACAUGCACCGUCUGCUCCACCCGCGCCAAGAGCGACCAGCGUCGCGCCUCGCGCAAGCAACGAAUCGCAGCAAGUGUACGCAGGCAGGAGAGCGGAGCCGUGGAGGAGGAGCUACUGCUCAGCUUCCUUGGUGGGACCAAUGCAGCAGGCGCAGACGACUCGCUCGCUUCUGCCGCUGCAGAGGAUGCCGGUCGUGCUUCCCACCUCUCGACCUCGCAGCUCACACUGCUGAAUCGCCUCAUCAAGCAACACCUCGACGAGUUCAUCCAUCAGCGUCUUCUCUACUCUGAGCUGGCAGAUGAGGUCAAGAAGAUGCAUCCCGACAGCAUGGAUAAGCGCAAGAGGCGGAUCCUUGUGGAUCACGUGGUUGAGGCUGUCGAGGAGCUGGAGGGGAAGGCCAGGCGAAUUGAGGCGUUGAGAAGAUUGCUGCCGCGUGGUGAGGGGGAGAGAAAGAAUGGAGCGAAGCUUGAAAAGGCGGGCAAACAGCAGCGUGAGCCUCAGCCUCAAGGUAAACGCCCGGUCCUCUCUUCGGCCAAGUACGUGAACUCUCUCCCGACGAGGGGUGGGGCGCCUACUUUGCGCGGGGUGCUGGCCAGUGUGAGCGAGUAGCGAGGCGAGGCGAGGCGAAGCGAGGCGAGGCGAAGCGAGGAGAUCAUGGACAAGCAUUUUGUACGACGUUCAGUCAGUCAGGCGCAGCGCAGCGCAUGAUUCAUCUAUACCAUCAGUCAGUCGAGUCGAGCGUGAG